GUCAUUCGACCGAUUUUAAGUGUGGCAAUCGGCACCACCUGAUUAAAGCAAAGCAGAUUUCUUUCCUUUCUGAGUUCAUCAUCAUCCUCCUCUCUCUGUGACCCAGCAGCCAUGGAUUCAAAGCCAACAGAAGUCAGCAGCUCCAAGAUGUUUGGAGGAUUCAACAAGAGAUACAAACACUUCAGUCCCACACUGGGUUGUUCCAUGAAUUUCACCAUUUACUUCCCACCUUCUUCUUCCCCUUCUCACAAAUUCCCUGUCCUGUACUGGCUCUCUGGUCUUACAUGCACUGAUGAGAAUUUCAUCAUAAAAUCAGGUGCUCAACGGGUUGCCUCAAGUGAAGGGAUCGCACUGAUUGCUCCAGAUACAUCUCCAAGAGGCCUGAAUGUGGAAGGAGAAUCUGAGAGCUGGGAUUUUGGUGUAGGUGCUGGGUUUUAUUUGAAUGCAAAGCAAGAGAAGUGGAAAAAUUGGCGAAUGUAUGAUUACGUGGUCAAGGAACUGCCUCUACUCCUUAGUGAAAAUUUCCCUCAACUAGAUACAUCUCGGGCUUCUAUAUCUGGUCAUUCUAUGGGUGGUCAUGGAGCUCUAACUAUCUACCUAAAAAACCUGGAUAAGUACAAGUCUGUUUCAGCUUUUGCACCAAUUGUGAAUCCUAUGAACUGUCCUUGGGGCCAGAAAGCUUUCACCAACUAUUUGGGUGAAAAUAAAUCUGAUUGGGAGGAAUAUGAUGCCACUUGUCUCAUCUCAAAGUUCCAUGAUCUUUCUGCAACCAUUCUAAUUGACCAGGUGAGCACUUGAUGUUUGGUUUUUUUUUUAAGUUCUGCACCUAGUUGUGAGACUUGAUAAUUUCCUCUUCCUAGUUGCCAUAAGUCAUUAGCCAUUAAUGUUCUAGUCACUGGCUGAAUCUGUAUUCUGGUUGAUUGCCCUUUUUCUUUGAGUAUGGAGCUUUGUGAAAGCUUCCAUUUUAUGCGUGGACAUUGUACUAAAAGGUGCAGCCUUUAAUCUCCAAAUUGAAAUCAAGAAUGGUGGUCUUAAUGCAUUGUAUUUCCAGUGGCUGUUUCUAUAUAGAAUGAAGUAGAGAUUAUGUAUUCAAUGGUGUUGUCAAGAAGAUUCUUUAGUGGCAUAUAAAAUGUUCGCUUAAUGAUUGAAGAACCUGAAGCACACAACUUUUCUGGGUUUCUUUUUUCCAGUCGUCUGGCUAUGAUUUACUCACUUAGAAUCAAAAAAAUGUUGUGAGAAAAAAUUUUUAUUGAUUGACAACGAUAGUGCAAUGAUUUUUUGUUAAGUAGGAGUGUAGAACAUAUAAACGGCCUAGAUUCUUUGGCACUAGCAGCACAUGGAAUUGUGAGCAUCUGGCAAUUAGAAACCCAACUUAAUCCUUUCCUGUUCAUGACAAUAUUCCACUGAAAUGAGGUUUAGUUUUACUGUGAAAAUUUGUCGGACUGUCUGUACAAUGAGGUUUAGGUUUAUGUUUUGGUUGAUUAACCGAGCUUCUAAAGUCACUAUUUUCUUGUAUCUGCUCUUUUCUGCAUAAUGAAUGGGGUGGCAUUGUGUUUGUUAUGCUGAUUAUCCGGCAUUUUUCGUAACUAUGGUGAUUUGCUCACUUGUAUUUGUUUUCGGAUCCUGUAUGACUUACUUCACCUUUUGCAGGGGGAAGCUGAUAGCUUCUUGCAUAAUCAACUGCUGCCAAACAAGUUUGAAGAGGCUUGCAGAAAGGUUGGUGCUCCACUUCUCUUGCGAGUGCAACCUGGGUACGACCACUCAUACUAUUUCAUUGCGUCCUUCAUCGAUGAUCAUAUUCGGCACCAUGCUCAAGCUCUUCAACUGUAGAUCGAUCUACAAGUUAAUGCUAAAGUUUAAAGAUCCUGGUUUUAUCAAACUCAUGUAGCUUCCAAGAACUCAAGAAUGUUGAUACUGUGAUAUUUCUACUAGCACUAGUGAAAUAACUCCAUAGUUUUUGAACAAUUUUCACUCUCUUUUUUCUCAUGUGGUUGGAAACUAAUAAGUUUGUCUUAGUUUUUUCUUGUGAGGCAAAAGUUGGUCUUGAGCUUUACAUUUAUUGAGUUUGGUUUGGGUUGCUUGUAACUUUCAAACUUGAGAUGAAGUGCUCCCCAUAUGAAUUUAAGACGAUUGUCGUGCCCGCGUAAAACCAACUGCAUAUCCAGC